ACAGCAGUAGCGACCAUGCCUUCGUGGAGGAUCUACCUGACGCUCGCCCUCGCAGUGGGGACCGCGGCCGCCGCCAGGCUCAAGGUGUCCGGCAAAGACCUGACCUACAACGGACAGAAGGUGUUCCUGAACGGCUGCAACAUCGCCUGGCACAACUACGGCUACGACUUCGGCAACGGCGGCUACGACGGCACUCUGGAGCAGUGGCUGCGGGAGAUCGGCGGGUCGGGAGGAAACUCCAUCCGGGUGUGGGUGCACGUGGAGGGCUACAGCACGCCGCGCUGGGACAGCAACGGCUACGUCACACAGUGCGACCAAAGCGGGACCUUCGAGGCGGACGUGAAGAAGCUCCUGGACGCGGCUCAGGCGGCCGACGUCCUGGUGGUCCUCGUGCUGUGGAACGGAGCCUACCUGACCAACCAGGCGGCCGUCAACCUCAUCUGGGACGACGCCAAGCUCGACGCCUACAUCAACAACUGCCUCAACAGUCUGGUGACGCAGGUCAAGGGCCACCCAGCGCUGGGGGCCUUCGAGGUGGUCAACGAACCCGAGGGAUCCAUCUUGGUCUCGAGCGAUUCCGAACCCUGCUACGACACGACCACCAUCGGGCAGAGCGGCGCUGGCUGGACCGGCCUCUACAUCCCCAUGGAACGGUACCUGAGGUUCAUCGGGCGGCAGACGGCCAUCGACCCUGAGGUUCUGAUCACACUUGGAUCGUGGGGCCAGUUCGCCCAGAGCGACGCCUUCUCCAACACCCACAACCACUACACCGACGAAUGCCUGAACAAGGCCGCGGGAGGAAGCAACGCCCAUCUGGACUUCUUCCAGAUACACGCCUACGACUGGGGGGAUCCUGGAGCCCAACGCGCCUUCACGGUGGACGCCGAUGCCUACGGCCUCGGAAAGCCCGUCGUGUUGGGAGAGUACGCGUCCGUUUGCGGUGCCGGGACUUCGCUGCCCGACCUGUACUCGUAUGCCUACGAGCACGGAUACAGCGGAGGAUGGAGCUGGCACUACGUGGCCACCGGCGAGUGUUCGGACACGAGGCAGCAGCAGCAGGAGGCCCUGAAGACCCUGAAGGACCGAAGCGACCACGGCCUCGUCUCCUUCCCCGUCGGCUGAGGCGCCCGCCCUCCACGCCCGCGCCCACGUCUCGAAUGUGUAGACCAAUAAAGCAGCAGCACUUGAA